AUGCCAAUGCACAUCCCGUUUCCGUUUAAUUGGAUCCCCACUCUGCCAGUCGCCCGAUGCCAAGAAUCUCCGUCGCUUUUGAAGCGCGCCGGCACGGAAAAGUUGCGAGAGGUGUUCUUAAAGUACGCCUCCAUCCAGAAGAAUGGCGAGCACUAUAUGACCAGUGAGGACUUCGUGCGCAAGUUCCUAGGACUCUUUUCGGAAUCUGCAUUUAAUGACGAAUCGGUGCGCCUGCUGGCAAACAUUGCGGACACUAGCAAGGAUGGACUCAUCUCCUUCUCGGAGUUCCAGGCUUUCGAGGGUCUGCUCUGCACUCCAGAUGCCCUCUACAGGACCGCCUUCCAGCUGUUCGAUCGCAAGGGCAAUGGCACUGUUUCCUAUGCUGACUUUGCUGAUGUCGUACAAAAAACCGAACUGCACUCAAAGAUACCUUUUAGCUUAGACGGUCCCUUUAUCAAGCGCUACUUUGGUGAUAAGAAGCAACGCCUUAUCAACUAUGCUGAGUUUACGCAACUGCUGCACGACUUCCACGAGGAGCACGCGAUGGAGGCCUUCCGCAGCAAGGAUCCAGCUGGCACUGGGUUCAUCUCCCCCUUGGACUUCCAGGACAUCAUAGUUAAUGUUAAGCGGCAUUUACUGACCCCCGGCGUCAAGGACAACCUCGUCUCGGUCACUGAGGGUCACAAAGUGAGCUUCCCGUAUUUCAUCGCAUUUACCUCGCUGCUGAACAACAUGGAACUGAUCAAACAAGUCUACCUGCACGCCACCGAAGGCAGUCGCACGGAUAUGAUCACCAAGGAUCAGAUCCUCUACGCUGCCCAGACGAUGAGCCAGAUCACGCCGCUGGAGAUCGAUAUCCUUUACCAUCUGGCAGGUGCCGUCCAUCAAGCAGGCCGCAUCGACUAUAGUGACCUGAGCAACAUCGCCCCCGAGCAUUAUACAAAGCAUAUGAUGACGCAUCGUCUGGCGGAUAUCAAGGCGGUGGAGAGUCCCGCCGACCGAUCUGCCUUCAUUAUGGUCCUGGAGAGCUCCUACCGUUUUACCCUGGGUUCCUUUGCAGGCGCUGUGGGUGCCACUGUGGUCUACCCCAUCGAUCUAGUCAAGACUCGAAUGCAGAACCAGCGUGCAGGCUCCUAUAUCGGUGAAGUGGCCUACCGGAACUCUUUUGAUUGUUUCAAGAAGGUUGUUCGUCACGAGGGCUUCAUGGGUCUCUACAGAGGUCUGCUGCCCCAGCUGAUGGGCGUGGCUCCCGAGAAGGCCAUCAAGCUGACGGUCAACGAUUUGGUGAGGGACAAGCUCACCGACAAGAAGGGCAACAUUCCCACCUGGGCAGAGGUUCUGGCUGGCGGUUGUGCAGGUGCCUCGCAGGUGGUGUUCACCAAUCCCCUGGAGAUUGUCAAGAUCCGUCUUCAGGUGGCUGGAGAAAUCGCCAGUGGGGAGAAGAUCCGUGCCUGGUCGGUGGUGCGGGAGCUGGGACUCUUUGGCCUCUACAAGGGAGCCAGGGCCUGUCUGCUGCGUGAUGUGCCCUUCUCGGCCAUCUACUUCCCGACCUACGCCCACACCAAGGCCAUGAUGGCCGACAAGGACGGCUACAACCACCCACUCACUUUGCUGGCCGCCGGUGCCAUCGCUGGUGUCCCGGCCGCCUCCCUCGUCACGCCCGCCGACGUCAUCAAGACCCGCCUCCAGGUGGUGGCCCGUUCCGGACAGACCACCUACACCGGCGUCUGGGAUGCCACCAAGAAGAUCAUGGCCGAGGAGGGUCCAAGGGCCUUCUGGAAGGGCACUGCUGCUCGAGUGUUCCGCUCCUCGCCGCAGUUCGGCGUGACCCUGGUGACCUACGAGCUGCUGCAGCGGCUCUUCUACGUGGACUUCGGAGGCACCCAGCCCAAGGGAUCCGAGGCGCACAAGAUCACCACUCCGCUGGAGAAGGCGGCGGCGACGGUGAGCACCGAGAACCUGGACCACAUCGGCGGCUACCGGGCGGCCGUGCCCCUCCUGGCCGGAGUGGAGUCCAAGUUCGGACUGUACCUGCCGCGAUUCGCGCGCGGAGUAGCCGCUGCCACGCCCUCGACGGCCACGGGAUCCUGAUUGUACUGGCGCCACCGUCUGCCGAGCGCCACGUAGUCGAGGAGAUGCAAAUGGGACUGACGGGAUUGGCAGGAUUGGGGGCUCCGGCGGACAUGAGAUAUGGUAUAUAUUUUUUGCUAGGACGCGUUUACACAAAAUACACACACACACACGAAAGCACUGAGGAUAUUUCUAACGAGGAUCAGGGAGGAGCAGCGCCGUAUCUAUAGUACUAUUGUAUCUGAAGAGCGGGGUUCGAGUCCCGAACCCUGGGCACCCGGCUCUGAGCAACUGUUUUUACCACACAACCAAACCCAAGGGAAAUGUAAAACCCGAUUCAAAAAGAAUAUAGAGUAUCGAUUUUGGCAAUGGUGCAUAUAUAUACAUAUAGUGUAGAACUGUUUUUUGUAAACUUUGUUAACUAGUUUAAAGUCUAGAGCAACAACCAAUCACUGAACGUCAACUUUUGCACUCAAUGUAACUAUUAAAGCGAGAAAAACCUUUUAAUCUUAGUACGAAUUUGUUCAAAACAAUUAUCAAGCAAAGGAAAUGCAAUGAAUGACCUCUUAGCUAAUAAAGAAUAAAUAAAUAAAA